CACUAACAUCAACCUUACCCGACCAAUUGAACAAGCCGGCUGAACGGCAGCAAGCCGAGGCCCACUACUUUGAUCGGACAGGAAAUUGACGAGUUAAACACUCUUGUCCUCGUGGGACAAAAGUGUUUUUGGGAGGAAGUGCGCUACCGCUUGUUAGUUUCUCCAUAAUGGAGAAAACCUGAGGCUGUACAGGAGAGGAAAAGAACUGACGUUAGCGCUGCAUGAAAGCCCCCCGCGACAACAGGACCAGAGCACGAGCCGCAGAGGAGAGGAGACGUAUUAAGACGAGCUAACGGCUACAUCACGGACACGGUGAAGAGAGGAUGUUUUCGCAGCUUGGUGAGAAGAUAUGGGCGGACUGGAUUUGGUUUCCUGAAGGCCACGGUUGGGCUGACCUGACGGACCGCGAUGGUCAAGUUUUCCCCAAAACCAAGGACCUGUGGGCGACUAUACCCAUCGCACUGUGCUUCCUGGUCUGCAGGCAGAUAUUUGAGAGGACGGUAGCAACUCCUUUCGCCUCUCUUUUGGGAGUGAGUGACAAGCAGCGGUUUCGUGCUCCACCAAAUCCCAUCCUGGAGUCCUACUUCUGCAGCGCAUCAAAGCAUCCCACACAGAGCUCCGUAGAGAGUUUAAGCAAACAGUCGGGCUGUUCGGUGCGACAGGUCCAAAGGUGGUUCCGGCGGCGGAGAAACCAGGACAGACCCAGCAAGCUCAAAAAGUUUCGGGAAGCGUGUUGGAGAUUUACGUUUUAUCUUCUUGCUUUUUUUGCUGGCCUGGCAGUCCUUAUUGACAAACCAUGGUUGUAUGAUAUGAGGCAGAUGUGGGACGGCUUCCCGAAAAUGCCGCUGUUGCCUUCACAGUACUGGUACUACAUGAUCGAACUAGGCUUCUAUAUCUCGCUGAUUUUUAGCGUUGCAACAGAUGUUAAACGUAAGGAUUUCAAAGAGCAGAUAAUUCACCAUGUAGCCACUAUUUCCCUCAUCAGUUUCUCCUGGCUGGUCAACUACAUCCGUGCAGGGACUUUGAUCAUGUUGGUGCAUGAUGCCUCCGACUAUUUAAUGGAGUCCGCCAAAAUAUUCAACUAUGCAGGUUGGAGGAAAACUUGCAACUUCAUCUUCACCAUGUUUGCUGCUGUUUUCAUUGUCACCCGCCUCGUAAUCCUCCCCUUCUGGAUCAUAUAUACAACGUGGGUGUACCCCCUGACCCUCUACCCCCCCUUCCUCGGCUUCUACUUCUUCAACGGCCUGAUGCUCGUGCUGCAGGCACUGCACAUCUUCUGGGCAGUGCUCAUCUUGCGCAUGGUCGUCAAAUUCCUCCCAGGCAACCAGGACAUUGUUGAGGACGAGCGGAGCGACAAAGAGGAAACCGAUUCGGAAGAUGAAGCGGAAGGACGCGAGCAGAAGGAAAAGUUUAAGAAUGGCCAUGUGCAGAACGGCCACACUCUCCUGAACAACAACCACAGCAAGGCGGACUGAUGGGACUGUGAGAGCUGGAGAGUAGGCCGAGUGAGGGGUGUCGACGGGCCCUCACAUGUGGCCUCCACCUAAAAGCCAAAGAACGGAAGUGUGGCAUGUUGCACACAUAUCUAUACACACACACACACACACUCAUUUCUUUCCCCUCCUUUCUGAAACCCCAUUAGUCCAAAGUGGAUCAUUUUACUUUGUGGGCAGAGCAAGACUGAUGGAGAACCAAAAUCAUCUGCUUAGCAGCUAAGCAGCAGUGUGACUUUCUUGUCACACACACACACACACACAAGAGGGCUUCUCCUCUCACAUUUCUUGUCUAGUUUGCUUUCGGCUAAGAUUUUGUUCUACUGACCAAGCUGCCACAUGCCAUAUCAAGCUUUUUGUUUGGUCCAUGGGAGUGUUUUAAAGAGAUGUUGUGCUUAGGACGGGCUCUGCCUUCCCGCACAGUCAGUUAAAACUCUUCAAAGUAUUACUGCCCUUUUUACCCCGACUGAUUUAUUGUUGGUCUAACCACACUGAAGUCAGUGAUGUGGUGAGGAGAUCUGAGGUGGUGUCUUCAUGGACCAUAAGCUGAUAAAAGCCUGUUUCCUUAAAUACCGGUUGAUGCGAAAUUAGUGUGAUUCAGCUGCCAGUUUUUUUUCUCAAUUUAAUUUGUUUCAAUGUUAAAAAACAAAAUAAUUGGAGGUGAAAAGUGUUUUUAACAGAAAAACGAGCGAUAAGGUGCUACAUCGGCAUCGUGUGUUGAAAUGUGCCUUGAGUGGGAGUUUGUCAUGAAUGCUUUUCAUUUCUGGGAAGCAGAACGUACAGAGAUCAUUUUAAAUGUUUUGUUUGUUUCGUAUUCUUUUAGUUGUAUGAUUUUAUUUUAUUCUCGGUCCAGUCAAUGGUUUGAAUUUGGGAGCAAUUUGAGUGUAUCCCAAACCAAUCGGUAACAGUUAUAAAUUCUUAAUGGGCUGAAAGAGUCGAUAUCAUUUCCAUUCAGUGUUGUUUUACACAUCCAUCCAAAGAUGCACUUUAUGGUUCACUCUACUGAUCAGCUGUGGCUAAAUUUCUUGUACACAGGUUUAGUUAUAGUUUUUGAUCUUAAUUCAAACCAGAUUGCCUUUUUAGUUCAAGGGUAUAAUUUAAAUUUCUUUCAUAUUUAUUCUUGUUAUCUACCCAUGAUCUUCUGCUGGUGUUUUGGUACAUUUUGUAAAAAGAAACUAAGAAGUUUAAUGAAAUCUUAAGUAAAGAGGUAAAAAUUAAACACCAAAGUAUGGUUUACUUUUUGUACAACCCUGUCAUUUUCAAGUGCCUUCAUCAUUUCAAGUGUUUGUGGGGAAAAAAAGAUGUUAUUUCUGUCCCGUUUGUCUUUAUUUCUGCGGCCUAAUUGCGCCGUCACAUCCAACAUGCACCGUAACGCUGCAGGCCUCUAACUCUCCUGCCUCAGCUCACACCAAUCACCUGCAGCUCCCUCUGAAGAGUGUUCUGCAGAAAUGGUUUUUAAUCUGCAUCGCGUGUUGCUGAGAUGUAAAAUAAUGAUGAUAAAGAUAAUUGUGGAUAACUA